UAGCAGAUCCCUCCGCGUUGGCUUGGGAACUCUGUCACGUUAAGGGGAAACUACACGGGAAAUGAUGUUGUUCUAAGGACCGCCGUGUCAUCUUUACGUUCCUGUCAUUUGUAUAUCAUAUUACGCAGGUUUCAAUUUCAAGACGACCUGUCGCUGUGGAAACAACUGCGAUAAUCAUGUUGUUGUUUCUACAUUUUGGACAUAGCUUGAUUAUUCAUUUUCCUGAGGUACUCCAAAUCCCAUCACGCCAAAUAUGACGCGAGCAUGACAGAGGUGUGCGAACAUACGUCGCAGCAGCAGGAGCAGCGGGAGCAGAUUUCUAGAUUACUACACAUCUUUUUCGCCUAUUGAAAUGCUGGGGUAUCCCGAUGCUCAAGGAGCGCUAUGCGUAAAACGCAGCACUGCAUGCCCUCAAUAGGCAAGGACAAGCUUUUUUGGAGUACAAGAAGGGGGGCAAGCUUCUCCUGCAUAUCACUGCGCAAUGGGACCCAUCCUGCAGGAACAAGCGUCAACUGCGCUCAAAAGGGGGCCAGCUAAAGACAAGAUACGCAUGAAAAAUGCAGAAAAUUCUGGAGCGGUCAAUUCCAGCUCAAAGAAAGCCAGCAAGGUGAACCAGAAUCAAAGGCCUUCAAAGAGGACAGGAACUUCUUUAAGAAAUGGCCAGGAUGUGGAAUCCUUUCCAAAGACUGAGAAAGUGUCUCAACAACAUUGUGGAAACAGAGCCAAAUCUGAUCUUAGUCCUCUCACUGGCAACCGAAAACUACCAAAACCACAGGCAGAGAGCGAUGGGAAGUCUCAGCAGCAGAGACGGGCACAGAUGUCCGGGCCUGAGGAGAGGCGACACAUGCUGGCCCAGCAACCCGUGUGCUGCGGCGAGGCGGAGAGGAACCACGCGGCCCAGGUGAAGAGCCGCCGCGAUCUGUCCCUGCCUCUGGCGCCUCAGGCCGUGCUGCACCACAAGGCACUGCAGAAGCUGCAGACCCUGGAGUCCCUGCACUUGUUUGAGGCAAAGGAGGAUGACAUGGACAGUGCCAGUGAUUUAUCAGACUCGGAGAGGCUGCCCGUGCUGCCCUCACCCUGCACGCCACCUCAGCUCAACCUGCGCGCGGAAGUCAUCAAUUCUGUCGACCUACUUCCUGACAUCCCAGGGCCCAGGAUGGGGCUGUUGGACCACGACAACAACGACAGCAGCAACUAUGACUACCCUGACUUCCUGCCCCCACCGUUUAACACUUGGAGCCUGAGGCAGCUCGCCGUCUUCCUGAACACGGAGGGGAAGGGCGCCCCUCGGCCCAGGCCCGUGGGCCAGCUGGAGAAGUACCUGGAGCGCCUGCUGCAGCUGGAGUGGCACCAGAUCCAGACCGUCCAGGCUGACAGUGGCCGACCAGCAGCCCCAACCAUGCGUCCACGUGGCCAACCUGCCGGUUCCUCCCCCAUGGGCUCCGGUCGCCCGAGGCCCCACACAGCACCCCCGACCCGUCUGAACUCCCCCAAAUGUCUCCGUCAGAACCAGCAGGGCAUUCCCUUCGCAGUUCUCUCCUCCCUCACCAGCCCCUCGUCCGCCAAGCUCUCUCGCCCCGUCUGCCCCUACUGCCACAUCCGCUACCCGCUCUGCAACGGGACCUGCUACUCGUACGCCUACCACCGGCACUCUCGCCUCAGCCCUCUCCUGGAGCGAAAGGUCGCCCCGGCACCCGCCCCUGCGCCUGCCCUGCCGCCUAAGAGGAGCAGCAGCGAGAGUCGUGCCACCGUGUCAGAUAGCAAGCUGAAUGCCCGUGGGCAGAGAGACCCCGGCAGUCCCCAGAUGGGCAAGAGUCACCUGAGGCAGGUGCAGGCCACUGGCAACAUCCGGCGGCCAUCUCAAGAUUCUGGUGCCAACGGUAAGCCCGUGCCCGCUUCCAGCAGGAAAGGCCGUGGAGGGAAGGGGCAGGAGGCCGACAAGCCGAGGGACAACACCAGGACAAAAAGUGUUUCUGAGAGGCGUACUCCCCCGUCCAGCAAACAGGAGGUGAGUCUUGGGAAAAGGUGCGAGAGGGACAGACAGGGGACUGAGGCUGGAUGGGUUAAAUCUGGUGGGAGAAGACCAGAGAACUGCCCACCUUCCAAGAAGCUGUCGGCAUCACGACCAGGUGGGAAAGCCAAGAAUGGUCAUUGUCUUGUCAAAUGAUCUCUAACUACAUAUUUUAAAGCCUUUAUGUAGUGCAUAAUACAUUGGAUGUUUUCAGUUAUGAAUGUUGAUUUUAAGCUGCAUAGGUGCACUAUUUACAGUUGCUACUGGUUACCAAAAUGUCAAGAUUUUUUUUCCUGCCCUAAGGAUUAGGAAACCAUGUUGAAUGAAGAAUGGUACUGUAUGUAUUACAUCUUAUUUAAUGUAAGUGUUCAUAGUACUGUAAGGGUUAUUUAUUUAUUUAAGUUAUUAUUUUAAGGGUUAGUAUUAUGAAUUGGAAGUUUUUUUAUGAUGAGUAAUGUUUCCUUUAAGUCAUAUUUACUGCAUUCAUAUUUUAAGGGCUUUCAAUCUCUCUUGCGUACUUUAAUUUGUAAAGCCUUGUUCAUGCUCUUCAGUAGAUACUUGCAAAUGCCCCAAAUGUAUAUUUUAGGAUUUUCUACAUCACAAGUCUAUUUAUGAUAAACAAUGCUAUAUUUAUUUGAGACUGGCAAGAAGGACCUGGUCACUAAUGGAGACCUGAUACAAGAUAAUGAUGAAGUUAAAUGUAUAUUUUUCUGUAUUUGUUGUAGUGUGUGUUAAGUAAAUUGUGAUAAAAAUGAAUUUCCCACAAAUACAAUAUAUUUUGCUCUUUCAGACUAGUUGUACAUACUUACAGUAUGCCAGAUUAAAAACUGGAAAAUAACUGCACUAAACUACAUUUCUUGUCUCAGAAAUGGUUAAAUUGAAUGGUAAAUUCUUGCCUAUUUGUUUAGCAUGCACACAUUUUUGUAAGGACAGUUCAUGACUCUGUCGUACCUAGUAUUUGAUUGCUAAUUUUAUUUUACUAUGAAAUACAAUGUCCAUGCUGUCGAAGUAGCGCUGAUAUAUACUGUCCUGUUGAGAUCUCCCAUGCUAAUGCAUUGCAGCAUAUUCUUACGGGCAUCGUAAUGUAACUGUACAUGUGCUGUUACUGUACCACACUCAUCAGGGAGUCUGGACAUCUCCAUAGUCAUCCGUGUGGCUGAUGAUUGUAGUGCAAUACCUCAGUGUCAUUCUCAUCUAGAACUGUGAAUGCAGAUACCUUUUCAAACACUGAAAUAAAACAAUUCCAUGGCA